AUGGUCCCCGAGAAGAAGAACUUCAGUCACAACGACCUGGAUACCCUCCGCUCCAGAGUCAUCGUCGAGCGGGACCGUGUCACUAGCACGGCUUCGACUGACUUUCCUCACAACUAUCCUGGACAGGACUUGGCAUGGGACUUUGAAAAGUUCAAGGAGUCCUUCAAGUUGAAGAUCAACAAGUUGUCAAAGACGGAAAUGGAGUUUGAUAUGAUCGGGAUCGACGCCGCGGUCGCCAACGCCUUCCGCCGCAUUUUGAUUGCCGAAGUCCCCACGAUGGCGGUUUCGAACGUCUUUAUUAUGAACAACACCUCGAUUGUGGUUGACGAAGUCCUUGCACACCGUCUGGGCCUUGUCCCCAUCUUGGCCGACCCCACCAAAUUCGACUUCAAGGGCAAGGAGGAAACACCUACGGAUCUCAACACCAUCGUCUUCAAACUCCAGGUUACUUGCAGACGCAACCCCAACGCUGCCGAGGGCGAGACCGACCCCCUCAAGAAGUACAUUCAUGCCAACGUCUACUCGGGUGAUAUGAAGUGGUCCCCUCAGGGAGAUCAGGCCGAGCGGUUCAAGGAGUGCCCUAUCAAGCCCGUCUUUGAUGAUAUUGUGGUCACCAAGCUGCGCCCCGGUCAGGAAGUCGAUAUUGAGAUCCAUUGUGAGAAGGGAUUGGGUCAGGAUCACGCCAAGUGGUCGCCUGUUGCAACGGCAUCGUACCGUCUGAUGCCCGAGAUUCUGAUCAAUGGCGAGAUUACUGGCGAGGCUGCUGUUCGGUUCCAGAAGUGCUUCCCCGAGGGAGUGGUUGAUGUUGUGAAAGAGAACGGCGUCAAGAAGGCUGUUGUGGUGAACCCAAGGAAGGAUACCGUCUCGAGAGAGGUUUUGCGCCACGCAGAGUUUGAGAACAAGGUCAAGUUGACCCGUGUCCGCGAUCACUUUAUCUUCAGUAUCGAGUCCGUUGGAGCGAUCGAGCCUCAGGAUCUCUUUGUUCAGGCGGUUAAGGUUCUUAUGGACAAGACAGGCACUGUGAAGCGCAGUCUUCAGAGCACCUUGCAGGCUGAAUAA